GCGAGAAUCCCCGUGAAGCCACGAGAGGAAUAAGAAUCGCCAAACCGAAACAAGAACAGAGGAGGAGCCAUGGCAGGUGAUGAACCAGCAGCGUCUGCUGCUUCCAUGGCGAUGGCGAAGAUGGCUUCGACGUUGAUUCUGGGCAUGCUCGGGCUCGUCCUGAUGCACGCGUGUAGAGUGUUCGUAUGGAGACCGAGGAGGCUCAGAUCAAAGCUUCGGAGGCAAGGAAUAGAGGGACCUCCUCCUUCUCAUCUCCUUCUCGGAAACAUCCCGGACAUCCAGAGGAUCCAAGCUGACGCAGCCCGGAGAGCUCGAGAGUCCCGCGAAGAUGGCGGUCUCUCUCACGCCUGGCCUUCGCGCCUGUUCGCGUACUUGCAAGAAUGGCGAGCCCAAUACGGACCCAUCUUCAUUUAUUCAUCUGGGCACAUACAGUUCUUGUCGAUAAGCAAUGUGGAGCUGGUGAAGGAACUGAGCGUGUGCACAUUGCCAGGCCUCGGAAAGCCUUCCUAUCUCUAAAGGACAGGGAGCUUUGCUUAACUACAUAUAAAGAGUGAUGAUGAAUUCAAUUGUCGAGAAAUGAAAGUUUUGUAUCUAAAAAGACCAGUGUAAUUUCAUUUUCUGAAGUAUCUGUGACUUAACUACAGAUCAAAGAAAAAGCCUUCGCUGAUUUUUGCUGAUUGUUUGGGAAUUCCUUAUCAACUUCACAACCAUGUGUGCUCAAAUAUGUUCAAGUUUUGUCAUUGGAACUUUGUAUCUACAUGGUUCUUUUUGUUUUCAUCCAACUUCUGUAUAUGCCAGCAUAUCCCAGCCUAAGCCCUUCGUCAAUAAACAUCUCAGAUACCUUCCAACCAAAAUCAACAGAGAAAUUUGGAAGUUGGACAAACAGAUUCGGUCGAUGAUACUAGAGGUUGUGAAAGAACGAUUGCAGGCCUCACAUGAGAAGGACCUCUUACAAGUGAUACUCGAGGGUGCCAAGAAUGAGGGCCUACCAUCAAGUAUCUCCGCUGAGCAAUUCAUCAUGGAUAAUUGCAAGAACAUAUACUUUGCUGGCUACGAGACCGCUGCUAUCACGGUAUCCUGGUGCCUAGUGCUGUUAGCUGCUCAUCCUCACUGGCAAGCAAGAGUUCGUGCCGUAGUGCUUGAGAUUUUUGGCUGUGGCGUUCUGGAUUCUAAUAAGCUCCAAGGCGUGAAAACACUAACCAUGGUAAUUCAUGAGACUUUGCGACUCUAUACACCUGCGGUGUUCAGCAUGAGAGAAGCCUUCGAGGACAUUGAAUUUAAGGGACUUCUGAUUCCACAAGGCUCAAACAUCCAGAUUCCGAUCCACAUUCUGCACCGGCUUCCUGAAAUAUGGGGGACCGAUGCUGGAAAGUUUCAGCCGGAGAGAUUUGCACAAGGAAUCUCUGGAGCCUGUAAAUCUGCUCAUGCAUACAUGCCCUUUGGUUCGGGACCUCGGAUCUGUGCAGGGCAGCACUUUGCCCUGGCGGAAUUGAAGGUGAUCUUGUUGCUCAUUCUCACCAAGUUCUCGUUUUCACUUUCGCCAUUCUCCAGCAUUUAGGCUGGUUGUUGAACCAGGAGAUGGGGUCAUCCUCCAUGUGAGGAAAGUUUGAGAGAUCUCAAAGCUUGGUUUUUGUGACGAAAACAGUGUCCUUGUCACUUGCAAACAUAUCCUGGAAGUGGUCUCUCUUGGAAAUUGAAUGUUUUGAAAUGUAUAUUUCUAGUUGCCGAAAACUGCCAAGAUGACAUUGAUUCACCAUCAAAUUCC